GCUGAAGACCUAGCCUGGAUCCACCUGCUCCAGAAGGACUCCAGCCCCUCAGGACCCCUCUGCUGCCCACAGGAUGGGAGCCUGGGCACUAGGGGCCCGGCCAUGAGGGACUGCUGCCCCUUCCAGCAAAAGGCCAGCCCUGCCCCACCCAAGCACAACCUUGACCAAAGCCCAGCCAUGGACACUAGACACAGCGGUCCCAGUGGGUCUGGGGAAGGGGCCUCCUGUUCUGAGGGCCCUGCUGGAAGCAUGGCCUGCUCCUCUCCCACUUGCACCCCUCCCCUAGGGACAGCCACCAAGGAGACACAUGGAACCUCGAUCUCAGGGACCCCAGAAUCCACCUUGUCUGGGAAAUCAGAGCCUGUGUCCUCAGUGAAAAUUGCUCCCACAUCCUUACAGAACAGAAACCCCACACACUUGAAGAUGGAUUCCAUGCCCUCCAUGCAGGCAGGUUCCAUAGGAAAGGAAGAGGCUGGAUCCUUGAUGAAAGCAGGUCCCCUGUUGACAGAAAAGACGGAGCCCACGACUUCCAGCCAAGGGGAUCCUGGGGCUUCUGGAAGGAUGAGUCCCAUGAUUCCAAGAAAGGAAGAGCCUAGAUCCUUGGGAAAAGCAGACCUGGUGUGCACCAGCAAGGUGGACCCAGUGUCCCCAAGGAACGAGGGCCCUGGGUCUUUGGGAAAGGUGGAUCCUGUGUCCUCGGGCAAAGUGGAUGUGUCCUCCGAGAAAGUGGGCUCUGCAUCCACAGUAAAGGCAGAGUUCGUGUCCUCAGGAGAGAAAGAGCCUGGGCCCCGAAGAAAGGUGGACCCUGUGUCCUUGAAAGACUCAGAUUCUGCAUCCACAGACAAGACAGAUCCGGGGCUCUUAGGGAAACUGUCUCCAGGGUUGUCAGGCAAGAUGAAGCCUGUACCCUCUGGAACAGGGCCUUCUGGGCCCUCUGAAAGGGUAGACCCUACAUGCGUGAGGUCGGCAGAUCCUGUAUCUAGGGGAAAUGCAGAAAUUGUGUCUUCUGCAACAGAAGACCCUCUGUUCCUGGGAAAGGUGGGCCCUGCCUCCUCAGGAGAGGGGGGUACCGUGUCCAUGAGAAUAACAGGAAUGGUAUCUGCUACACAGGUGGAUGGCGGAUCGGGAAAAACAGAGUCCAUAUCUGUGAAAAGUGAAGGUCCUGCGCCUACUAGCAAGGUGGACACUGUUUCCUUGGGAAAGGUGGAUCCUGUGUCUUCAGGAGAGCCAGGGCCAGUGUCUCCUGGGUGGGCAGAACAAGUAUUCAUGGGAACGACAGAAACGGAGUCCUCAGGAAAAGAGGACCCAGUAUUCCCUAGAAGGGCGGACCCCGCAACCACCUCAGCAAGCAUGAAAGCGUCACCCUCUGGAAAAGUGGAUCUUGAGACAUCAGGAAAGGCAGACCCUGUAUCCUCAGGCCCAGUGGGUCGCUGGUCCCUGGGGACAGGGGGUGCCCAAUCUGCAGAAGCUAAGGCAGUGACUGGGGGAAAAAGAGAGCCGCAGUCCUUGGAGAAGGCGGAUUCCCUCGCCUCAGAUAAGGUGGACCCCAUGAGCAGGGGAAAGACAGAAACUGCCCCCUCCGAAGAGGGGGACUCCAUGUCUUUAGGAAAGGUGACCCCCGCAGCUUCAGGAAAAACAGUCCUGGUGCCCCUGGGGAAGGUGGAUCCUGUGGCCUCGGCAGAAGCCAUCCCAAAGGCAAAGGUGGACCCUCUGCCUCCAGAGAAAGGGAAACCUGUGAACACAAAGGUGGCAGGCAGGUCGUUAGGGAAAGAGGAGCGGAGGUCUGAGAACCAGGCAGAAACACAGCUCCCUGGGCAGGAGGUUACUGUAUCCUCAGGUCGAGCAGGAGCGCUGUCUUUGCAGAAGGAGCAGCCACGGGCUUCUGAGAAGGUGGAUCCCGCAUCCUCAGGCAAAGCUGGCUUCACCGCGUGUGGGAAGGUGGAGCCUGGGUCCCUGGGGAAGGCCGACUCUGCAUCUCCAAGGAAAGCAGAGUCCCGGUCCCCGGGAAAGGCGGCCCCCCUGACUCCGGAGAAGGCCAUGCCCUCCUCUUUCAGGCAAUCAGAUGGCAAACCCUGCGGCUCAGCCCUGUCUCCCGGCGCUGCGGGGAGCAGCGGAGGUCAUGCGGAGCCAGAGCCCGCCCCCAGCCCCGAGGCCUCCAGCCUCGGCCAGAAAGACCUGGCUGCCACUGUGGCCGAGAGAAGCCCCCGCCAGGAGGCCGCCGCGUCCCCACCGGGGCCACGGACUCGCGACAACUUCACCAAGGCGCCAUCGUGGGAUACAAGCGGUCCCCUGCCGCCGCCGCCGCGCGAGGACGCGGGCACGCAGGCGGGCGCACGGGCCUGCGUCUCGGUGGCCGUGAGCCCCAUGUCUCCGCAGGACGGCGCAGGCGGCCCGGCCUUCAGCUUCCAGGCCGCCCCGCGCGCUCCCAGCCCGGCACCGAGACCGCCCUCACGCCGGGACGCGGGCCUGCAGGUGUCGCUGGGCGCCGCCGAGACACGCACGGUGGCCACCGGUCCCAUGACGCCACAGGCCGCCGUGCCACCCGCUGCGCCACCUGCUUUCCCCGAAGUGCGGGUGCGACCCGGUUCGGCGCUGGCGGCCGCCCUGGCGCCCCAGGAGGCAGCCGAGCCGGUGCGCGACGUAAAAUGGGACGAGAAGGGCAUGACGUGGGAGGUGUACGGUGCCGCCAUGGAGGUGGAGGUACUGGGCAUGGCCAUCCAGAAGCAUCUGGAGCGACAGAUCGAGGAGCAUGGGCGCCAAGGGGCGCCCGCACCGCCGCCCGCCGCCCGCUCGGGACCGGGUCGUGCGGGGUCGGUGCGCGCCGCGCCCCCAGAUGGCGCAGCCAAGCGCCCGCCCGGCCUCUUCCGCGCGCUGCUGCAGAGCGUGCGCCGGCCGAGGUGCUGCUCGCGGGCGGGACCCUCAGCCGAAUGA